AUGUCACAACCCAGGCUUAUCAGCAAUCGAGAUGUGGAAAACCAAUCUUCAUUGAACCUGAUAUCUUCUAAUUCAAAGACGAGCAUCGCGCAUCAGCACACCUCCCAGAAAUAUCGUCCACGCGUAACUGCCAUCAUACCAACAUUAAUAAAGCUCUGCUUUCUCGCUAUUCUGUCGCUAUUGUUGAUCGUCAGUCAUCCGCCCAACUCGAAUACCUGGCCUUUCAAUUCGUUCAAGCCAAAUUUCGAUAGUGACAGUGCGUCGCGUAGCAAAUCUGCCCCCGGGAAGCUGGGGGCUGUUGCUAGUGAGAAUUCUAUCUGCUCUCAACAUGGAGUGGAUAUAUUGCGCAAGGGUGGUAAUGCGGCAGAUGCUAGCAGAAAUGGCCAACAAAGAAUAGCCAUGUACCACAGUGGGAUCGGCGGAGGUGGGAUCAUGCUAGUCAGGACACCGAACAGUAGCUACGAGGUGAUCGAUUUCAGAGAGACCGCUCCAGCUGCAGCGUUCAAGGAUAUGUAUGAACAUAACAAAAAUGCCUCUGUGUAUGGUGGACUGGCAAGCGGCGUACCAGGGGAGAUUCGGGGACUUGAAUACCUUCACAGCAAGUAUGGCGUUCUUCCUUGGUCGACUGUCGUACAACCAGCGGUUCAAACAGCCCGUCGCGGGUUUCCUGUGGGAGAGGAUCUUAUCAGAUAUAUGAAUCAUGCUGCUGGUUACGAGGACUUUUUCACCAAGAACCCUACAUGGGCGAUUGACUUCGCUCCAGGUGGGGCCCGGCUGAACCUGGGUGACACAAUGACUCGACACCGAUAUGCGGAUACUCUGGAAGCAAUUGCGAAAUAUGGCCCCAGCGCGUUCUACUCGGGGCGUAUCGCGGAGACUAUGAUCAACGCUCUACAGAAUGAGAACGGUACAAUGACGCUUGGAGAUCUACAAAACUACACCGUGGCUAUUCGGAAUAUCUCACAGAUCGACUAUCGUGGGUAUAAGAUCACAAGCACGUCGGCUCCUUCGAGCGGAGUUAUCGCCUUGUAUAUUCUUAAAGUCCUAGAGACAUAUAAGGAUCUCUUCCGGACGGAACAGUCUGUGAACCUAAGUACCCAUCGCAUAAAUGAGGCGAUCCGAUUUGGAUAUGGCAGAAGAACCUAUCUAGGUGAUCCCUUGUUUACUGAUGAUAUGGCUACAUAUGAAUCGCAGACCCUCGUCCAAUCUAUGAUCGACGCCACUCGAUCUAAGAUCUCAGAUCACCGAACUCAGAAUAUAUCAGCUUAUGAUCCAGCUGGGUUAGAAUGUCUGGAGACCCCUGGAACCUCACAUAUUGUAGCAGUUGACAAUACUGGCCUUGCGAUUUCUUCGACAUCUACUAUCAACCAUGUCUUUGGCAGUUAUGUUAUGGUCCCAGAGACUGGUAUCAUCAUGAACAAUGAAAUGAAUGACUUUUCUAUCCCUGGAUCAUCGGAUCUAUUUGGAUAUAUUCCCUCCGAGACAAAUUACGUCUAUCCUGGCAAACGUCCACUUUCCUCUAUCACACCAGUGAUAGUAGAACGAUCCGAUGGUACACUGGUCUUGAUUACAGGAUCCGCAGGUGGCAGUCGUAUCAUUACUGCCACUGUCCAAAAUGUUAUCCAUUCUAUUGACGAAGGACUCUCAGCUGCCGACGCACUGGCCAAACCGCGGCUGCAUGACCAGCUGGUGCCAAACCAGGUCACCUUCGAGUACAACUAUGACAACGAUACAGUUGCCUUCAUGAAAAGUCUUGGCCAUAACGUUUCUUGGGUUGCGCCUGGACAGAGUAAUGCUCAACUAGUUAGAGUGUUGCCCAAUGGGACAUUUGAUGCUGCCGGUGAGCCGAGGCAGGUCAAUUCGGCUGGAUACUCAAUAUAG